AGGACAUUAUCGCCAGCAUAUUUAUUUUAUCAACUAUGACUGUGAACCAGGUAUUCGGUAACCGACAGUACUCGGCGGUGUCUGUCUCUGUCAGCUGUUGCUGCACCGACCGUCUCGCUACUGACUCCGUGUAGACAAUAAAUACAGCUGUCAAGGUCAACUUUACUGACAAAAGCGAAUAGUCACCACCUCUCUGCUGUUGUUUCCAUUACGUUCAAUCGGUUAUGCCCGUUCGUCGACCGUCGGUCCGUCCGCCGUUGUCAGUUUGGUUUCCGUGAGGACGGAUUUCGCGCCAGUCAUUAACCACACACCACACGGUGAUUGCGACCGCUACGCGCAGUAUUUCCGCCAGCCGAGACCAAAAAUCGUGUCGGGCGGUAGACUGUGUCCAGUGUUUUAUUGCAAAAUAAUUACAAUAUUUUUUAUUCGUCUUUACCCAAAGUAGGAUAAUAUCGCCGAACGGUUGCUGUAUUCGUGUCUUGAACGAUUUCACGCCGUUACGUCACGAUCGUCUUUCUUGGGUCUAGGGCCGAGUACUUAACUCAAAGGGUUUUUUCGCGGUCACCCGUUGUCCCGUGUGCGUGCGCUUGCUUGAAGCGACGGCGGCCGUGAUUCCCGUACUAAACGCAACGUUUCGACAAACGUAAACACGGCUCUCCGGACGCGUGUCUCUCGGCUGCUGACGACAUGUCAUAGUGAUAGGUCGGAAGACAGCGAAUGUAAUAUGAACGAUAUUGUAACGAUUGCAGCUUCGGUGUUUUAUUCGGCCAGGGACGGACGAUUGAAACGAUUACAGGUGAGCAAUACCCACUUGAAUGUAUUCCGUACCUAUCCAUUAUGUAGAUAUUAUGUAAAAAUUGUACUUCCGUCAUUUACCGAUAACUUUGAGUAACUUACAAUCAAGCAUAUAGGUACUUUUAGUUAUUCGUCGGUUACGUUAUGAAUCUGCCACCGGUGGUUGGAUAUUACAGUACCAGGUACUUAAGUAUAAUCGCUGGCGAAAAUUCCACUCUGGAAUACCUGUGUAUUAUCGGUAACACUUGAUCAGGGUCACUGUACUCCGAGGUCGUUGAUGGGUCUUGACCCGAUCGUUAGGUAUACAUCCUGGCUUUUUGUUCUGUUUCAUUUUAAUCGGAUUUCGGUUGAGAAAUUUAAAGGUACCUAUUGUCUAUAAGUACCAUCGCUUUUGUUGAUUGUAAAUACCUAAUUUAGCUAAAUUAAUUUGCUAUCAGCAUUAGUGAUCAUUGACAUUGUAUUAUUGUUAUCACCCCAUUUUCCACUUCAUUACUCUCGACUGUUCUAAAUCUUUAAUCUCGUCCGGCCCUAUCACAUUUAAUUCGUAAUAUACUUUGUUCAUUAUUAUCUAUAAUUUAUCCAUUUUCCCAGUCUCCCAGAUGUUUUCCAUUUUUAUUAAUUUGCAUUAUCAUUUGUUUAGGUACCUAUUACCUACAUAUUAUAUCAAUAUUUAAGAGAUUAUUUAGAAAUGUUUUUAACUAUAGGGGCAAAAUCUAUAAAUUAGCAAACAAGUCUUGCCUAAUAAUAAAUAAAUGAAUAAAUUAUUAAUUUAAAUUCAUUGUUGAUUAGAAUAUUUAAAUGCUAUUCUUACGGGUACUCAACCUAACCUAUCACCUAUUAUAUAAUUAGGCAUAAGUUUCGAAUUAAUGAUUUCUUAGUAUUAAUAUGUUUAAUGAAUUUAUUAUUAUAUGCCUACCUAGUUUUAAUCUCGGUUUAAAUUGAGGUUAUAGGAGAGAGUAAAUAACUAAUGGAAAUCAGUGUACAAAUGUUUGGUAAUCUUGCAGAAAAUCAUAUAGAUAACUUGGUAGUUAUUAGGAAAAAUGUGAUAUUCUAGAAUCGGCUGUGCACAAUGUUUUAUAUGAAUCAAUGAUUUACUCUAGUGUUCACAUUUCUAAAAUAGGUACAUAUUAUCAAUAUACGAAAAUGUUUAUCAUAAAUUAAAUGAUAUUGUAUUGUACAUCUUUUUUGGGAGAAAACUAAAUAUAGGUUUCUAAAUUAUUUUUUUCAUAGCUAAACAAUAAUCACUUCUAAUGUUAAUCUUAAUUACUUAUAGGUUAUAGGUGCAUACUAAUUAAUUUCAAUUAAACAUUUAAAUAUAAUAACAUCAUAGUAUUUACCUAGGUACCUAUAACUUUUAAAUUACAGAUUAAAUUAAGUUACUUAUAGUUUUCUAGUAAGUACUUCCCUAUCUAAUUUUUUUUUAUUUAACAUUUUUUACAAUCUCAUUUAAGAAGAUAUAGUUGUGUAGAUUAUUAUUGUUUUUUUUUUUUAUUAUUUAUUUUAAUCAAUUUGAUUAGGCUUUUUUUCCAGUUAUUCUCCAUUGAUGAAAAAUAAAUUACCAAAGAAAACAAAGUGGUAUUGUCUAGGCAACUAAUUUUGUAUGGGUACAUUGUUUAGUUGUAAAAAUUUAAAUGUAGAUAGGUACACAUUACAUGUUAUUUGAUAUUUCAUCUUUCAUAUAGGAAUAAUCUAGGGAAUAAUAUAGAUCUACUACCUAUACUAAAUUACUAAUUUUAUUUACUUACCUACCUACUUAAUAUUAUUUAAAUAUAAACCUGCUUAACAAAUACUUAUAUUAAUAAGUACCUAAAGAUGUAAAUAGAGACGGUGCUAGGGGGUCUUUAGUACCCCCCCCAAAAAAAAGAAAAAACAAACAAGCUUUUUCAUAAUAAUGACUAAAUAUUUUGUCUGUGUAUUUCAUAGUAGUGUAAAGUAUAAAUUUCAUUACAGACUAAAUUAAAAAAUUGUGAUUAAUUUCUAUAAUGUACAAAUGCAAUGUUUUUGUUACUUAUUGUAAGAAUCGUGUAUAGGGAAUUGUGUUUGCGAAUAUGUAGGUUGGUACCUACUAUAAAUAUUUUAAAUUUACUCUAAUGAUGUAAUAUCUGAUUGUUAUUAUUAUUUACCUACCUUUCUAUUCUUCAUAAUUUCUUUAAACAUCACCCAAUGUUAGUAAGUACUAGGUAUGUACUAAACUAAUCACAUAUUUUAAAGUAGAUUAGAUAAUCAAAAACAUUAUGUAUCUAAGUAAAAUUGUUUAUUUAGGUAUAUUUUUUUAAUUAGCAAUAUGUUUACUCAGAUGAUUUUUAAUUUUAUUUAAUAAUAUAAAACUUCAAAUAAAAUAUAUUAUUAUUAUCCCAUCAUACAGCGCUUUCCAAAUUGCUUGUAAUAAUAUUGUGAUAAGGUGAAAACCUUGUAGUAAAAACAUUGUUAUAUUUUCUCACACAUUUUGCCAACAAAUUAUGAUUUAAAUUAGUCGACCUCAUAUUCUUAGGUAUUUCAUAUGAAUUUAUUAUAGUUUUCUAGGUUAUAGAAUUAAAUAUCAAUCCUAGUGGCAUUGACAAUUUUAUUUAAAAUGAUCUUAUACUAUAUGUCCACUUCUAAAUUGUGAUACAUUUCCAUAGUUUGUAAUGCAGAAAACGACCUUAUUUAUAUUUUAUUCAUAGGUAGUCUAAGUAUUUUAUACAUAAUCUUAUAUUGCUAAAAAUUAAAAUAAUAUUUGGCCAUAUCUAUUUUAUACCUUGUUUUUUGUUAUAAUUGCUUGGAGUUUUAAAGUAUCAAUAUAAAAAACAAAAAAAAAACUAUUUUUAUUUCCCUAAAUGCAUAAUAAUUGAGUUAAUUAUAUUUAUUUAUUCAACAGGUUGGUAAAUAAUUAUACAUAGGUAACCAUCCUGAAAGUGUUAUUUAUCUACCUACACGAGUUUUGGAAAUAGUUUUUAAUUUUGUACGCAAAUAAUAUCUUUUAAGUCUUGCAGGGGUAGGUAACACUUAUGUAUAUUUUUUUUAGAGUAAAACUAAAACCUUCUUUACAAUAAUUUCAAUGUGAUAUUUAAUAAUAAAAAAAAAAAAAAAAAUGUAAAUAAAGGGUAUUGAAUAAUAACAAUAUAGUUAUGGUACCUGCCUUGAAUUUAUGAAUAAUGUAUUAUUGUUAUUUUGUAUAAUGUAUACAGAAAAAAAAAUAAAUAAAUAAAUCUGUACUCGAAACACCGUGCGUUUAUCCUGAUUUUGUAUUCCCGGUAUAUUAAUCCGCACGUAUAUAUACCUAACAUAAUAAUUUAUUUGUGCAGUACCCAUGGGUUUUUUUUUUUUUUUUUUUCGGUAAACAAAUAUAUAAUAAAAAAAAAAUAAUAAUUAUAACAACGUUUAAAAGUAUACGCGCGAGCAAAAUGCGUCAUAAAUUCGAUUGGUAAAUAACGAGUAUAUAGUAAAAAAAAAAAAAAAAAAACCAAACGUCAUAUUAUCAUUAUGACGAUGUUGAUGAUAGAGGGUAAUAAUAUUAUUGUGUUUUUGGCGGAAAACAAAACCGCGCGGGCCAAACGUAAUCGUCCGGUGGUGGGUGUGCGUUUUUGCGGGAAAUAAUUGGAAUAAUUUUCGGACGGUCGAUUCGUAACGUUUUCGCGUGCGGUCCCGACGGCGGCGAUAGUGUUACAAUAUUGCGCGUCGACGAACAAAAAACAACAAAAACAAAAUUGCGCACCGCAAACCGGCGGCGGCGGUCGGGUUAAAAUCCUCGGUUUUUUUUUUUUUUUUUUUUUUCACGACCACGUGACGCGCGACCGUCCGCCGCCGCCGCGAGUAUUUAUAUAUUCGACAAUAUCAAAAAAAAAAAAAAACCGAGAGGAGGGACGCGCGCGCGCGUGUGUGUGUGUACUGUUGUUGCGCAAAUAUUAUUCGGAAAUUAUCGCGCGCGUAAAUAAUAUAACAAGUUUAGCACCGCGCGCUGGCGAGGCGGCGCGCGCGCUCGUAAACUGCGUACGUUUUCCGCGUCUUAUUUGCGCAGCGCGAAAAUAUCGGAAACUGGUCGGGCCGCCGCGGGUAAAUGAAUACGACGCUAAACGCGCGGAAUGGGCGGAGUGUUCGGAUUGGAUUCGAGAAAGACGAAAAUCGAGGGUGAUAAUCAUGAAAACAUUAGGUCUCCGGUAAACGAAUGUUAAUGACAAUAAUAAUAAUAAUUACGUAUUAUACGUUCGAUCACAGUUUCCGCCGGGCCUUUUGCGAGUUAUUAUAACCGCGUUAUGGGUGCUCGAGGAAUAUCAACACGUUAAUAUGUUUGUCUUUGGCCUUUGUUUAAAAACGUUCGAAUUCGAACGUGUGUGUACGCCUUCUGGCGUUUAGCGAUUCGCGUGUAAACCUCAAUACCGGGCAUUAACGAGGGAAAAAGUUUCAACUGGUUUAAUUUUUUUUUUUUCUACAAUUAAUUUACCCCCUCGUGUUGGCUAGUGGCAAUCUCUAUGAAAACCGAUGUUUUUUUUCCCCACGACAACCUAAUAAGUCGGACGUUCGACGAUUUUUGUUUUUUAAGAGUAAAUUUGUUUAAUUGGUUUUUUCGCCGGAUUGUAAACUUUGCAUUUAUUUUUUUAUCAAAUAUCGACCGAUUUAAUCUCAUGAGAUUAGUCAUAGCCAAAUAACUCGGUAUUAUUUUAUUCACUCGUGUAUCAGUUAUUAUUUAAAAAAUCUGUUUACCAUCGUUUAUUCACUAAACCGCUCGUUCCAGUUUAUUAUUAUAUUUUAUUAAUAGUCGUUAGGUUAAAAUUUGAAUAACAUGUUGUUUUCGACACGUAUACAAUACAUGUUAUUCAUACCCGUUAUCAUAGCUAGAUUGGUGUCUAUUAUACGAGUAUCUAUACUUAUAAAAUUUAAAAAAAUAAAAAAAACUAUAAUUUACGUCGUUUAUUUAUUUUUUUGCUGCGAAAAUUAAAUAAUGUUAUCUGCUUAAACGAAAUUAACAUUCAAUAGUAACGCAAGAAAUAACAAAAUUUUGGUGUGUGUACAAUGCGUACGAUUCGUGGUUUUGUAUAAUAAAAUAUCAUUCUCGUAAAAAAAAAAAAUAAAAUUAAUAAUAAUAAAACGGGCUAUAGGUCGUAGUACUGACCCCGGUUCUAUAUGCCUAUAAUAUUUAUCCCGAGUUAUAGAAUAGCUAUGCGUUAUGGAAGAUAAACGUUUGAUAAGAACAUUCAAUUUAUGCAAUUUUUUUUUUUUUGUUUUACAAAAACUAUAUAAUAAUAAUGUAUAUUAAAAUAAUAUUCUGACCGCGCGGUUUCCCAAUUAGUUGUAAUUUAAUUUUGAAACGCUAGUUACACUAGAUAAUAUUUGAAAUAUUGUGGGUAAAAAUACGUUAAAAAUGUCGCUUGACUGAUAGAAGAGUUCGAUUUAUUUUGUUUAUAAUUGACAUCUUACGCUAAGAUUCAUAAAUUCAAUUUCCAAAUUUUAAGCCAAGUGUGUAUACUGGUUUUUUUUUUCUAUCAGAUUUUCUUUUCGUAGUAUUAUGUUCAUUAGAAUUUAAUAAUGUUCCCCGAUUUUGUUCAGAUUAUUUAAAUGAUUAUUAAGGUCGAGAGCUCCGGUUUUUAGUAGUUUUUAUUAUAUUAUUUAAAUAAUAGUUUUUAAUGUAAGAUCAUUAUAUCGAAAUCAAAUACACUGCUAUUCUUUUUUUCGAAUUAAAUAUUUUAAAUUAUACCACUUAUUCAGGCUCUUAAAAAUAAAUUGACGAUUUUGAUAAAUCAAUCCUAUUAUUUGAUGGUUGGAAAUAUUGUUUAUUUACCAAGAGAAUCGUUAUACUUGUACAGUGUGUUGCAUUUGAAUUACAAUUAUGGAAUGAGCGGAAUAAAUAUGAAGAAACUGAAAGAUGCUAUAAUGAAAAAUAAGACAAUCCUUUAUAUUUUGGAACUUUUUUUCCCCUUUUUAAGAUAAAAAAAAUACUUACAUUAUUUUGAUAAUAAACUUUUAGUAUUUUCGCACAAUUUUCUACUUGCCAAUAAAUCACUUUUCUUUUUAUAACCUUUUUAUACUCAUGAUAACGAUAAAUACAUUAUUGUUAAAUAUAGUAAAAAGGUAUUGAAAUAGUAUUGUCUAACAAUUCGUAACUAUAUGUAAACACGAGAGGUAGUCAGAAAUGAGAAUUUAUUCUUACUAAAAAUGUUAAAUAACCGAAGAAUUUAAGUAACCUAAUGUUUUAGUAACAUUUCAAUAGAUAUAAUUUUAUCAGCUAAUAAUCAUUGACAUUAAAUAUACCGUUGAUGCCAAACAAUUUCCCAAUGUUAUUUUAAAAUUAUAUAAAUAUCAUAAAUCAAAACCACAAAAUAUAAAUAUUAAAUAUUUGUUUCAUAAUUUUAAUAAUAUUUGUUUUGAUAUGCGUCGAAAAAAAACUUCGCUAUUUUCCUAACAACUAUACCCUUGACCUUAAAUAAUCUGAAAAAAUUAAAGAACAUUAUUAAACUUAAAUUAAUGCAGUAUCAUGAGAAGAAUAUCUGAUAAAAUAAAAAAAUAUGAAAAAACCUAAUGUAUACCCGUAAUCAAUAAUUAUUAAGUGGUAGCGAUUUUGUUAUACCUUAGAUCUCUUUGGAUUUUUUUUCAGAAUUGUAUGAUAUUGGUCUUUUUAAACCAUAUACUGUAUAUCAAGAAAUAACAUUGUAUUGUAUUAUAUUAUCACUCUGAUUAUUACAGUGUAGAAGGUGGUGCAGUUAGGAUCAAUAAUAUCAUAUAUAUGAUAGGUUUCGCUUGUCAAUGUGUAAUAUAAGUAGCGGAGCUAAUUCGUCUGAUAGAGUUCAAUUUAUUUUUGAAGAUAGUAUUGUUAUACAUACAUAAAAAAAAAAAAAAAAAAUAGGUAACAUAUCUAGUGAAAUCAUAUAAAUGAUUUAUAUUUUUGUUGUCGAAUGGUGAAAAGAAGAUGGCGAAACUCUUCACGGGUUAUAGGUAUAUUGAUUGGUGCACACUCGAAAUUAUUGUCUCCUGAUGGUUAUUACCCUCGAUUUGCCGCUUAUUUUAUCAGUUACCGCAUCGAGUUGUUAACCUUUUUGCACUUUAAUUUGGCGGCAGAUUUCAAGAAAAAUUCAACUGUUAAAAAUUGAUGUGUAACUGAAAAAUAAAUUCGAUUCUAAACGAAGUUCGGUUUUACAUAUUGUUCUGAACGCCGUUAAUUCCUACCAUAUUGGUUGAAUAUCGGAACAGGAUCUAAUAAUGAAAUGUUAUCAAAAUAUUAAGUUUAUGAAUUUAUAAAAUAUGAUUUCUUAUAAACAUUGCUGCAUUUCGGAAGACAUUUACUUAUUAUAUAAUCAAAUUAUCUCUAUAAAAAAAGAUGUAUUUAUAUAAUCAUAAAAUAUAGAAAUAUAACUAUAGUUAGGUAAUAGUAUUUUAUGUACUAGUCAUUUUCUAUUGUAUUUUUCUUACUAUUAAAUAAAAAAUAAUGUAAUGAUAACCUGUAACGGGGCCUCAAGAUCCUACUGGUGAAAAGCUCAAGUAAACUCUUCCCGUAGACGUGUGGUAUUGUUUCUUAUGGGUGGAGAAAUUUACCUUAUAAUUGACAAUAUAAUACAAUACUCCCACGCUACCUCUAACUGUCAGAAGAAACGACAAAUGGAGUUGUGCUAAGUCGACAGCUGUGUUAAAAUCUUGUAAAAUAGUAUGAGGAGUUCUAAGUAAAACUAGCGAAUUGCCUCAUCUCGGAUGUGCACGGGGAUAACAUGUGAGAGGAAUUUCCGUGGUAUAUGCUAAGAGAAAAUCUGAAAGAAGUUGGCUUAAUAAAUGGAGAAUAGCACUUGAAGGAAAUAGACUAAGAAUAAAUAGAAGUUAAAUAGAGUACUUAUAAAGAGUAUAAGUUUAAGGAACAAGACAAGAUAGCUAACGACAAUAAGCGAUGACCUAAUAGGUAAAGUUAAGGAUUUUAUGUAUCUAGGAUCUCUUAUAUAGAAGAACGGUGGCUUUGACGAGGAUGUAAAACAUAAAAUUAAGAGUGAUUAGAAAGUAGAGAAAGGUGUCAAGUGUUAUACGUGAUAAGAGAAUUCUAAUGAGACUUAAACGUAAGUUUGACAAAAGUGUGGUGAAACCGACUAUGUUGUAUAGUUUAAAGUAUAGGACGGUAGACAGAAAAUAAGUGUAACAGAGAUGUGAAUGCUUAGGUGGGUGAGUAGAGUGAAGAGAGAAGAUAAGAUAAGAAAUGGAUACGUUAGGUGUGGCUUCGAUAGUAAAAAAAAUGAGAGACAAUCAACUGAGUUUGGUUAGGUUAGUUUAGGCAUGUCAUUAGGAGAGUGGAAUUAGAAGCAGUAAGAAUUAUAAUAAAAAUAGACACGUGGGAGGAUAGAGGAGUAGAGGAAGACAGAAAAAGAAGUGGUUGGAUUGAAAAUGAUAUGAGGACAACUGAUACAUGCGAUGUUGAAUAUCGGAUCAAGUGGAGGUAAAGAACGAGAAUGGCCGACCACAAAUAGUAGAAAUGAAGGCAAAGUAGAAGAAGAUUAAAUAAAAAAUAAUUUAUAAUUUUAUUAAGUGAAUUUUAAUUUAUAAAGGUAUAACAAUACAUUAUAGUUUAAUAUUAAUAGUAUCACAGGCCAUACGAUUAUAGAAAUUCUGUAAAUAACUGGGUAAAACAAGGCAUGCAAUAAUAUAAGUGAUAAAACAUAAAUGUUUUAUAAUAUUAUCAUAAUAGUAGAGGUUAGGUUAGGUUAGAUGCGUUACUGAAGAUCUAUCGUAUAAAAUUAAGCAUUUCAUAUGUAUGUUUAAUACGUAUAAUUCGUUUUUUAUAUUAUACCGUGUUACACGUUUACAGUUAACAACCCUGAGUAUUAGCAAUGUUGACCACAAAAGUCGCGUCUGUAUAUACGAAAUUUAAAACCAACAGUUUCUAAUAAUAUACAGCUCGCACCAAAUAAAUUGGCAGAGUGUUGUGUAGCUUUAAUUUUACCAGCAAUUGCUCACAAUGAUAUUUGGCACGGACUGUACAUAGUGUUUUCGAAAUAAUAUAAAAUAUAUUUCACCUCGAAUUUCACAAAAUUGUGAAAAAACUAUUAUUAAAUUUGUUGAAAAAAAUAAAAAUAAUUAUAUUUUAAUAAUAUUUGCCACGUAGAAUAAAUUAAUAGUAACAUCUUGUUAGUUUUUAGUUAUUACAUUAUGGAUUGCUUAUUUUUAAAAUGUAAAUCUAAAAUAAUGUACCUAUACUAAAAUGUUUAUUUGUUUACAUAAUAACUUAAUACUACAAUAAUACUUCAAUUAUUAUUACCAUAAUUUUACCAAUAAUAUAUAUAAUAAUAUGCAAUAUAAUUAUUUUAAACUAAGUAGGUAUUUAUAUUCAUAUCUAUUUGUAAAUCGGAUUUGAGUAAUUUUUGAAAACAAUUUUAGAAUAAUAUGCAAAGGUUUUACUUUCGUGUCGAAUCGUAAUUUGUUUAACGCUAGAAAUUUUUCAUAUAAAGAUAACUAUCAUUAUUUACUAUUUACCGAAUUCGUACUUAUAUGUAGUUACACAAUUCGGUUGGGAAUAACGACCUAAUAAGUUUAUCGAUCAGUUUGAUAGAAAGUUUGUUCGAACAGCUACACAUACAAGAACACGUUUACUCGCAAACCUACAAGAAGACAACUUUUAUUUUAUUUAUAAAUUCUGAACGUAUCGGUUUUUUUUUCUACUCUGUUAACACGACAUUUCAACCAAAAGACUUGCACUUAUCAACAUCAGUGAUGGUAUAGGUGUGGUACCAAAUUUUGUCGAGUUGUUGAUGUAUUUGAGAGGCAAUUUUUUUUUGAAUAAUCCUAUUGUACUUUCCUUAACAAUAAAUCCCCCCCCCCCAAAAAAAAAAAAAAAAACACUAAUAUUUAUACAACGCGCGCCAGCUUUUUUUUUUUUUGUUAAACAAGUAAAAAUUAGUAAUAGACACUUCUGAAUAGUUUUUCCCAAAACCGAACAUUUCGAAUGCGAAUAACUAUCGAAUAUAUACAUAUAAUAAUAAUGAUCGGCUACCGGGUAGGUUUAUUUGUUCAUCGGCCAUUAUAUGAAUACUAUAGGAAUUUUUUUUUCGUCUCGUUGAUAAGAGGAGGAGGUGCGAAACUUUUGAAAACUUCAAAGGGGUCAUAGAAUAAAAGAGGCUGGGAACCACUGAUAUAAUAUAAUCAUUUUCUAAACGUGGUUUAAUUUUCAAUUCUCUAUUGCUCUUUUUUAAUUAUUUGUAUCGGUGUUUACUAUUUCUAUAUAGCUAUAUGAUAUUUCCGUUGUGGAUAAUUUGAUAAAAGGUUCGUCGUUAGUCGAUAGGGUAAUAUCAGAAAUUUUUGUUUAACCUUUCUAACUUUCCACCUACACGACAGUGGCCUAUACCCAUUAUUGAGCACAGCGUGCGUAGCCAUCAUAAAAACUAAACAUAUUAUUAUUAUUGUUAUUAUUCGGACGGAAAGUGUCGUGAGGAGCAGAGAGGAUGUGUGUGUGUGUGUUUAGUGUACACACAUUACACACAUGCGAACGACGACGAUGACUACGACCAACGAUUUUUUCCUCUCGCGGUGAUUUUGUUGAAAAUACGAGCAACAAACCUGCAGCGGUUUGUCGACUACAUCCGGCAUCAUAAUAAUAAUAACAUGAAAAUAACUCGCGUACACAAAGAAACUCGUUUUCAGAGUCGGACACUCGACGACCUGUAGCAACAGGUCCGUUGGCAAUUGCAGCGGCGAAGGAAAAAAAAAACACUCGCGGCGUAAAAAAACUGCGACAAUUUACCGCGUCAGCAACGAGCGACUAUCGCGUGGCGGCGACCUGACCGCCACGUUUACCGCGGAUUCAUAUGGUCCACGAUUCGUAUACGCGAUGAAUAAUAUUACAGGCGACGCGUAAAAUAUCCGAACCGUAAUUCGGCCGUGGGAAACGUUUUCUGAUUUCAAUCGAAAAUAAACGCAAAGACGCCACCCGGCUUGCCGCCAUAACUUUCUUUUAAAUUCGUUUAUUAUUGUUGUAGGUACUCUGGGAAGUUUAUUGCCCCUUCCUACUACUCCGGUGUACAUUUCAUACUGUUAUAGCUCAUAAACAAUGUAGUCAAUAGGUACCGCGAUUGUAGUGUUACUACGCAUAUUAAAGUUUUCGAAAAAAUACUCUCUUUAAUAUCUUUAUAAUUGAAAUUUUGAAUCUGUAUUUAAAAUGGAGGGAAUGUAAUUAUACUGAUGAUUUAAAGUAAUUUAACAUUAUAAAGCUUAAGCGAUUCCACAAUGAUUGAAAAAAAAAAUAAAAAAAAAUCAAAUUCACUAAAAACACUCCUAGAAUAUUGCUGGUUUAUUAUAAAUACUAUGAUCACUCUGUAUAAUAUAAAUCAUUCGUGGCCCAGCGAUCGCGGUGAAACUGUACGGCGGCAAGUCGGUCGCGGCGAAGUGCCCUAGACAAAAAGAAAAUAUGUUGUCAUAACUUGAUUUCAUACGAAAAGUAUUUCAUCCAAAUGAUACAGAUUUUUAUUUUUCUGUCAUCUCGGGGAGGAAAAAAGUUCGUUUCGGAUAAAAUAUGUUUCCAUUGAAAUUUGAUUUAGAUUUUUUAUAGGUCACCAUAUAAUUUCCUAAUUCUAAAACCUUAUUACAAGCGGAUUCAAUGCCGUAACCGGAAUUUUUCAUUAGAGGAGGACUAAAUACAUUUUAGCUUGAAUUAUGGUCGUAAAUAGAUAAGGGGUUUAAUCCUAAACAUUUUUUUUUUCUUGAAAAGUUGUUUCGUCUAUAUUCAUAGUUAUGUACAAAAAUACAUUCUAAUUUAUACAAAUUGAUUUUGUAAAGAAACUAAAUAAUUAAAUGAGAAUAUAGGUGUUAAAUAUGUAUCUUAGUUUUCAUUAAUGAUUUCUUUUUUAUUUAUAUGAGUCAUGGGUUUUAGAUUAAAAAAAAAAUGUUUGUAGAGCUGAAAUUUUUACAGAAUACUUAUUAGCAUUUUCAAAAAGUAGUCAGAAUUUCAUGCCCCCUUCGCUUCCCCCUCUACAAGUACGCCACUGAUAGGUUCAUAUGGUUGAUGCAUUAACGAGAUCAUUUUUCGAUUUUCCUUGCAAUUUUCACGAGAAUUGGGGAAAAUGUAUAGGCCAAAUGGACAAAUUUACGGUAAUAAUAUAUAUUUAUCUCAGAGUAAAUGAGUUGAAAAUUAAAAAUACAGAAAUAGUUAUUAAAAACGAUUAUUAUGAUUUUACUGAAAAAAAUUGUUCAAUCAUUUUACGUAAUUUUAUCUUGGAAAUAAUAAAAUAAUCGUGUUUAUUUAUAUACGCAAAAAACCAGUUGUAUAGAUUAUUCACCUAGUGUCGUCCUGUCGUUGGAUAAUCGGGUAAAUAAUAAUGCAUAAUAUAUUAUAAAUAUGGCUAUGUAUUGUUGUAAAAUCAAUGAUCUCUGGGCGAAUAUAGUAAUAUUUUUAUUAAAUUUCCAUAGAAUCUAUUGUUCAAAUUUACAAAUCUCUCCGAUUGAUACAUAUUCCUUAUCGGUUCUUAUUUUCCGCGAUUUAAAUUUUUGCUAGAGAUAAGGUUAAGGUUAAGGGAUAAGAUUGCUACUUGAUAAUAUAGGAAACAUAUUUCAUUAUGAUUUUAUAUGCUCGGAUAUCUAACUUUACCUAAAAAAAAUGUCGGUUUCCAACGGUCUGUCAACAGAUCCAUCGUUUACAUUUUGAACGAUAGUUUAAAUCCCCCCCCCGGUCCUCGUUAUAGUUCCAAUAAUGUAAUAUAACAUAAUAUACGCUCUCGUCCAAUUACAAAUAGAUAUAGUGUACACAAUACCCGAUAAGAAUGUUUUUUAACGAUUUAUUUGAGAACUUGCGUCAUUUUUUUUUUCUUCUAAACACGCGCUUUGUUCUUGAAAUCUAUUUUGUAUACGCCGUACGAGGACUUCUCUUGUGUCGAGAACCGCACAAAGCAAACACUAUACAAAAAGGACUUAUAUACAAAUAUAUAAUAUUAUUAAUAAUAAUACAAGACUGCGUAUCGCGUAAAUACACUAUAUAAUAUUAGGAUAUGGCGCAGCAGAAUAAUAUUAUUAAAGCAAUAGCAAUAAUUCGUCCGUUUUUCGGUGUUGCCCGGGUUAUGGUUAUUAAGUGGCGUGUACAUUAAAAACGACAAGAAUAAAAUGUUAUACUGUGGUAAAAGACGCACAAACACGUGACGGUUGCUGCUACGCGUGCGUUGUAAAUUCGCACGUGUUCCGGGCUUCUUGGCAUAAAAUACGGUCUCGGAUAAUAAUUAUUGUUGUGCGCCGUUGCUGCUCGGUUGCUGUUGGCAAGGUUGUUACGACAAUGCCGACGACGACGGUGUCUUUUUGCUUCCUUGUUCGUUGUUUUUUUUUUUUUUUUUAUAUAUAUAUACUUGAUGAAUCACGAUUUGAAAUAAUAAUAUUGUUAUAUAUUAUACUAUACUAUUAAAUUGCUGUUAUCAUCGCCUCCCGCCGUCGUAUCCGCGGCGUACGAGAAGUAAAACGCAAAAAAAAAAAAAAACUGCAUGUAACACGUGAAGAAGAAGACGGGUCAGACCGUAAUAAAUGAUAACAGUUAUCACUGCAGAGUCUGCACGUACGACUUUACCGUAUUUGUAUUAUUUGAUAAUAUUGCUGUGACGCGCAAAACGUAAUUUCCAUCGAAUUCCGUUGUAUCUAUCGUAAUCAUAUCUACUACUAUAUUAUGAUAUUAGUACAUUAUUGAUAUAUUUCGCAUACUUGUACGGCGAUGACGGCAAAAUAGAAAAUAAUAAUAAUAAUAAAUUGAUUUGUAUCAAUGUACACCAUCAAUUAAACAAAAAUGCGCGUUCUCUGUAAUAUUAUUAUUAUUAUUACUACGAGUAUUUGCCGUUCGUACGAAUGAACCGUUUAAUAUUAUAAUCAGUGACGUACAUUUUGUCCGUAAACAAAUUAUUAUACUGUUUUAAACGUUCAAUCUAUAAUUAUUAUACUAUGUAUUAAUUGCACUGUUAUUAUUAUUAUUUUUAUAUUAAAUCGCCUUGUACAUUUAUUUCGCUAAUUUAUCACUCGUACGAUAAAAAACGUUACGUAUCGAUACAGGUAGAAAGCUAUUGAACUGUGUGCGAUGAGUACCUACUGGUCGUAUAAUAGUUCAAUACAGACAACAUGCAGAGAACAUCGUAGAGAAAAAAAAAACUAUUUGAAACGGGUUAAGUAAACGUAAUAAAAUAGUAAUCGUACGUGUUCGUAUUAUUAAUAAUCAUUUUUGUUUGUUACCCAUUUCGAUCGUUGUCCAUAACAAUCCGCGGCAACGCUAUUAUUUCCAGCAAAGUAAUUUUUUUUUUUUUUUAUACAUGUGUAUAUAUAUCGUAUCAUUGAUGUUGAGAGUACUGCAUGAUGUGUAUUAUUAUUAUUGCACGUUAAUGGUUUGCUCAGUGUAAUUCCGAGUUUUACAUUUUUAAAAUUAAGAUUCGGUAAGUAUACCGCUCUACUUUGUGUUUUAUAUUUCCGGCAAACGUAUUUUUCAUUUGUAUCCGCAUAAUAAAAUAUAAGUGGGCCCGUGCGAAUACUUGGCGUUUUAAAAACAUAUUAUAAAAACUAACGGAGUAACGUAUCAUUAUUUCGCUGGCAGCGGAUUUUCGUCGCAUUCUUGCCGUCUUGACGCAAAAACAGCGUCCAAUUGUGAGUAUUAACGGUUCGUUAGAAGUGAGGUAUUCAAUAUUUAAACGGAUGCCUAUCUCGCUUACUGGCUUCCGUUAAACGUGAAGGAGGGAAAAACAGUUUUUUCAUGUCGUUUGUUAGUGACUGUCCACUGCGUGUUAACUCCCCUACCCUCUAGAAAAAAAUCUCCAGGGGCAAAACCUUUUCUUGAACUUUUAAUUUACUCUCCUCAGUUAUCUACCCCCCCCCUCACCAGUAAUAGUAUUCCCUACGUUAAAUACAAAAAUUUGUUACAAAAUCUACUAAUUUAAUGCGAAAAUUCCCCUUAAAAUAUACCCUGGGUUUUAACAAAAAAAAAAAAAUAAUUAAAAACCACUUAUUAUAUAAAUUAAUGUAUAUCGUUCAGUAAUAUUAUGUCGAUGAAUAGUGUAGUAUGAAUAUGAUAAAUCUUAUGAUAUAUUUAAUAAUAUGUCUGUCUUGAAGUGUUUAGACUACAAUGAUAAUCGUAAGCCAACUCAUAAUCCAAUCUAGCUCCUCGUCUGAUUAUAGCCGGUUACUGAUAAGAAAAAAAAAAUUGAAUUGUUAUAUUUGAAGAUCGUUGACUCGGCGAUAAUAAUAUAAUACUUACGACGUACGUACACUAAUUACAUAACAAUCAAACAGAUACGCAUGUGUAUUAUUAUAAUCGGCAAACAUUAUCAUGUUAUACAGAAUCUACGGAAUAAAAAAAUCAUUGUGUUUAGUUUAUACACAUAUGCAGCUCUAGGUACAAGAGGCUACACUUUUUUAUUUGGCUUUGCUCUACAAUGGACGUUUCUCAACUGGGAGUUCGCGGAAAUAGUGAAAAUUGUUGUAUUUGAUAUUUUUGCUAUUGCGGUUGUAAAUCGGUUCUUCAUUAUACGUAGGUACAAUAUGAAAUAUAUCAUCUAGCGGCGACACGCGUACACUGGAUUUCAUCUAAAUUUUUAUGUGUCUGUUACAAAUAUUUCAAAUAUUACAACGUUUCCAAAUUGUUCGUUUUACUUGUUUCGUAAAUUCUUACCCAUCUCGUGUGAAAAUAUAUGACGAACCGACAUUUGCAAAGCAAUACUGUAAAGCAGUAAUGAGAGAGGUCAAUAAAAAAAAGGGUCGAGAAACGCUGCUCUACAACAUUAUUCUGAUGGCGAUACUAUAGAGUCGUAUAAUUAACAAAUCGGUAAUCAGCAAAAAUUAAUUGAUUUUAAUACUAUCGAUUAUACAUUUUAAAACAAAUGCUACUUCACCGAGUGAGUCAAUAAUAAUUUUAAGUCUUACAGGCCUACUAGGAUAAUAUAAUUAUUAUUGCAGUGCUACGUGCCUAUUAUUAAUUUAUUUGAAACACAAGUACCUUUAGGUAUACGUAUAAAAAUUAUAUUUUUAUAAUCUUUCCGCUGAUUAUGUUGAAUAAAUUACGUUAGUGUCGUUGGUAAAGUACCAACAUAAGUAGGCAGCAGAUUUAUUAAAUAUAUAGUAACAUGAUAUAACAUAGAGUAGCGUUAAAUUAAAUAGCUCUUUUUGAAAACCAGGAAAUAAAACGGAAUUCAAACGAAUCCUUCGUAGUAAUUGUCAAGCAGGUAUAUAUAUACGACUAAAAGUAUAAAAAAUAACAAAAAUAAAUACAUUUUAACGUAAUGUCUAUGUACUCAAUCCGUUCAAUAAGGUUACAACAUCGGUACGAAAUGAAUUUAUUCCGUGUUAUCGUUUUAUACCUGUAUAAUGUAUAUUCAAUACAAAAAUAAUAUGAAGAAAUCUCCUGGUACACCUGGUUAAACACCAAUAUCAUUCCGACGACGUAUUACGUUGUGCUUUGUCGGUAUUUUUGUAUUUAAAAAUAUAUUGUAUAAUAAUUCUGUUAUAUUAAUUUUAGUCACCAUUUUAAAUAAAUUCGUUUUUAUCGGAUUUAAAUGUAGCCCGGUUUUUUUUUAUAUAUAUAUAUUCUCCGUUCGCCGAUAUCUGCAUGAAAAAUUGUCGGUUUUUCGCGGUGUUAAAUAAUUAUAAUAAGUAUGGAUAUGGACGAUAACACUCGGGGUUGCCUACUCAAUAAGAAUAGUUGAUCAGACACAAGUUAAAUUAAAAACCCAAUAUUAUCAUUCGUUCACGAUGCGGUAGUCUUUUUUUUUUUUUUUCUCUCUCUACAUAUGUAAUUACUAUAUUUCAUUGAUUUACUAAACGUUUCUGUAAUAUAACAAAUUCACACGGAAUUGGUAUUAGGUAUGCUACGAAUAUUGUUGUAACAUUUUAAAGCUUUCUAUGGGCAACGACUAGGAAGUGAAAGGUAGUAUUAGUUAAGAUUAAGUGAUUCACAACUUUGUGGGCAUAUAUUAUAAUACAACACUCCACGCGUCAGUGGUCGACUCAAUACCAAGGUUAAUAUUAUUUUACUAUAGGUACCUAUACCUGUAACACAAUCCGUCGGAUCACGUGGUUAUUAUAAUAUUAUACUUGUGUAGGGCUAUAUCCUAUGUUCGGUACGCGUUUUUAAAAUAAUAUAAAUUAAUCGAUUAUGUCCCUUAAAAAUGUGGAAUGUAAACGUCCGGAAAGUAAAUUUCUUUUGAUUUCAAUUUAAAUAGUACCGUAUAGUUACCGACAGUUUUAAGCAAUAAAUUGAUAACUAUUAACUAUGUAAUUCAUUCGUGUACUUUCCAGUUCAGAUUUCGAUAUCCGUAGAACCGUGGAUUCCAAAUGUGCACAUUCCGGGUUUUUAUAAGUGCCCCGCCUCAUAAUAUGUAUAUUUCUUAAUUUUACAUUUGAUACAUCAAACUUAACUUUCAUUUAGGUUUAUUUAUUUUCCUUUUAAAAUGUUUUUGAAUAAAGAUAAGAUAAGGAAUAAGGAUUGUAUAUAAAAAUUUGAUUUUUUUAUCAGUAUAUUAAUAAUAGGUAUUACGGUAGAAAAUUAUUGUUAUAACGAGCAGAUUGUGAUAAUAAGAAGACAAGCAAUCUAAUAUAAAAAUAAUUGAAUAAUUUAAACCUAACCGCACACAAACUCGAUACUAUUAUAUUUUUGUUUGUUGCUCGCUCGAUAUUAAUUACCUAAUUAUAUUACAUAAAUAACUUUUAUUUCGAAUAAUAUUAUGCGUAUCUGACCUUUACAACAUAAAUUAACAUAUUUUAUAAAAUAAUUUCAGUUAUAUAAAAUUGAGUUUUGUAAGAUAUUUACAAAUUACAAUUUUAUUACUGUAUAUUAUAUUGUGCAUAGUAUUUAAUUUAAUACUGUAAAAUAAACCCAUAAUAUUUUAUUUAAUCGAUUAAAAAUAUUCCCGUCUAAAUAAUAAAAUAAUGGCGGACAGUGGCGAAACCGUUGCGUGUUAGGAGUUGAAACCCCGGUUGCAUCCGAAUUGUUUAUAAACUAUAAAAACAAUUUUCAUUCUCAUUUUUACAGUCAUAAGACUACCAGCGAUUUGUAGUUUAAAACAAAACACGGGUAUGAUUAAAAAAAAAAUUUGUUUUGUCAGAUGAAUUAAUAUUUUGGAACAUUCAGAAGGUGGCCUCCAGUCGUUCAAUGAAUACUAAUUUAAUUUAAUAUAAUAUAAAACAAAAUUUUAAUGUGUUAUUUAAUUUAAUUUAAUACUAAUGUACUAAAUGUACUUGAGUAAAAAUGUAUAAGAGAGCGUUUUGACAGAAUCAAAACAAUUUAUGUAGCCAGUUUUUUUUUUUUUUUUUUUGGUCAGUCAUUUACUCCCUUAUAAAUUGUUCUUUUUGUAAAACACAUUCCCGUCGUUUUUUUCCCCGUACUUCUCAUCUACUUGGGUACUUUUGAGAACUUAUAUUCUAUUCGCUAUUAACUCGUGACCCAACUUAUGGAAACCCGGGACCCAAUUAGUAUAGUAUCCGCAUUAACCCGAGACCCAACUAGAGUAGAUUUUUGAACGCUGGACCCAACUCGGAUGCGCCGUAAACCCCAUAUAACCCUAGUGGGGUAUGUAUUGCGUAUUAUAAAAUAUGACUACGUACUUAAAAUUAAUCCAAUAAUGAAUUACUUACGUAAUCAUUACAAAAACCAUGGUUAAAUACUCAUAAUUAUUAAAAUAAAUCAAAUCUUUACGCAAAUAUAAUAUUAAAACUAGGAACUGUAUAAUAUAAUACAAAUAUUGCAGAAGGAGAUAACCGUGUUUAUAGUACCUAUAGGCAAUACUCAAUACAGCAAUAGCAUUAUUAUCUAUUUUUUACAACUUUAUGAGAAAAUAAGUAUACUUCUUUGUCUUGUCAGAAUCAUCAAACAUGUUCAAUUAUCAACGUAAACUUGUUUUUUUUUUUUUUUUUCAAAUAAAUAAGAUAUUUUUUCAUCAAAUUCAUCAAAGUAAUUUAUUUGGAUCAACCUUGAACUGUAUAAUAUGACUACAAUGUACCAUGUAUGGUAGUAUUUAUUUAUUGACGGUGUCUAGUUGCAGGUAGCCUGUUCCCUUGACCCUUCCUUAUAUAGCAGAGUACAUUUAUGGAACCUAAAAUCGUGACUGAGCUCAGCUUCCUGGUGGUAGCGAGUGUUUGAUAAUUUUAGGGUUCAAAAAAAAAAAAGGUCCAACUUGUCUAAUGUCGCUAUUAAUUAAUUAAUUGCCUAAGAAAAUUAAAUUGUACCUUAAUAAUAUUAUGAUGUUUAUUUGCAGUUGCUGUUGGAAGGCAAAUCUGCAAUGGAAAAUGCCAAGUUAUUGAGGACCACAACAAAUGGCGCUACACCAUUGCUGGUAGCCUGCAGACAUGGCCACUAUGACAUAGCCUUGUACUUGAUCAAUAGACACAAAGUUAAUAUCGAACAAACAGGCUCAGGUAUAAUCAACCGUUUAGCAUUGAAUAUAAUAUUAUAUAGCACCUACUAUAUAAUAUUUUAUAUUUUGUUUAAUUACAUAUAAAUUCCUUAUAUUUUGUCUUGCUUAAACUUAUGCUUAUAAACACAUAAAUCUAAUUUACUCUAAUUUACUUUACUACAUUUACAAAAUGUCCAACUUAUUUCAUUACCCGUGUAGAAUUUAGAAACAGUUAUAUUUAAUGGGUGUAAACAUUGAUUUGAUUACUUUAUAGGCACCAUAAUACUUUCUAGUUUGCAUAGUAAACAAUAUAAAUUAUUUGUAAUAAUAUGCCUAAUAUUUACCAUAAAAUAAUGUAUAAUAAAUAGCAUUUUACCUCUAUCUCUACUUUUAAAAAGGAAAACAAACAUUAAUACAUUUAGUCUCCUUAAACAGUAGUGUGUAACUUGUUUGUAUACAAAUAUUGAAAACAUAUUUAACAUAGUAUAACAUUGGUGUUUAGAGUGAUUUAUCAUAAUAUAAGUACUAAGAAGUUGAUUUUUGAUGAUCAAUUAUCUAAUAAAUUAUUAUUUUAUUAUUAAAUGUCAGUUUUCUGGUUUUUCUAACUGUUAACCAAUAAUAAUUAAAAUUAAUCAGUUUAUAUAUAUUUGCUAAGUUUAUUGCAGCAUUAUUGGCAAUAGCAAUUAAUAAAAAGAAGUUUCAAUAAAAUAUUCUUAUUUUAUUUUUCUAUUGGUAAUAUUAUUAACUAAGUAUCAAAAAUUAAAAUCAUAAAUUGAUUUUAUAUUUAAAUAAUAAUUGCUUUUAUUAUAAAUGCAUGUUAUUAUUAAAAAAAAAAAAAUAGUACAAUAUAUUGAGUUCAAAUUUUAGUACUUCAUCUGGUUUAAUAGUGUAUACGCUCACAAUAAAUAUAAAAUUAUUGUUUUGUUUUCAUAAAAUAACUGAUAACUCUUGUAUCUAAUUUUAGGAGAAUAAUAAUAUAUAUACACUCAUUGUAUAAGCCUUACAAAUUUCAAUCUGAAAUCAAUAAAUAUAAUUCAAACAAUAUAAAAUACAUAGUUGGGCAAUUAAUAUAAUAGGUAUUGCUGAGUAUGUGUGUCAUUUGCAAUGACUUGAGAAUUUUAUUGAUUAAAAAAACCAAAUACAUUUCCCUAAUACUGACAACCAGGAAUUACAAGUUUCAACUUCAGUUUAUGAAAUAAAUCUAUUUUUCUUUUCUUUUUUUCAGUUAUUUUUGACGGUGAAACAAUAGAAGGAGCCCCACCAUUAUGGUGUGCGGCUGCUGCUGGACACCUUAAUAUAGUUAAACUUUUAGUUAAAGAACGGGCCGUCGUGAACUCUACAACCAAAACUAAUUCAACACCGUUGCGUGCAGCGUGCUUCGAUGGACACUAUGAAAUUGUCAAAUAUCUAGUCGAGCACGGAGCAGGUGUGUUAUUUUUUGUCAAAUUUAUUGUUCGUAAUUGUUGUGUGAUGAACUGAAGUGAAAAAUACUAUAAACAGAAAUAUGUGAGCAUCCACCCAUUAAAUUGCGCCCUCAACAUUAAAUAUCAUGUAUCACGAAACUAUGAGAAUCUCAGACCAAACUUCAUUUGUAAUGAAAUCUAAUAAAAAAAACAUGUAUUAAACAUUAUUGAAUUUUUCACGUAUGUGAAACGUACGCUUAUUGUACCUAUCUCCCAUUAUUAUAUUAAUUCUAUUGUUGCCAUGAUUAUAUAAAUAUGUUGUAUAGUUCAAAAAUAAUAAUGUACACCGUAAUUUUUCUUCAUCUAAUUUCAUAUUAUCAUAAUUGAAGUCAGUCAAAAGUAAAUAAUAUUAUCACUUUGUUGUGGGUGAAGUGUUUUCUUAACUGUUACACAGACAAAAAUUUAAAUUAUUUUAUUUUAUUUUUCCUAGACAUUGAAGUUUCAAACCGCCACGGUCAUACAUGCUUAAUGAUCGCUUGCUAUAAGGGCCACUUUAAAAUCGCCAACUAUCUGUUGUUGCUGAAAGCAGAUAUUAACAAAAAAAGUGUCAAAGGAAACACAGCGCUACAUGAUUGCGCUGAAUCAGGCAGCCUGGACAUAUUCAAAAUGCUCAUACAAAAUGGAGCCAAAAUGGAAGUCGACUCUUACGGUCAGUGCCCAUACUUUUUUUUUUUUUUUUUUAAAAAAAACCACUCAUUUGCUAAUUUACUAUAAAAACAUUGUUUUCAUUGUCGUAUAUAAUUUAGGCAUGACACCUCUUUUGGCCGCUUGUGUGACAGGCCAUGCGGAUAUAGUCGACUACCUGGUGAAAAGUAAUAAUCUGGUUUCACGCACUGAGAAAAUUGAAGCUCUAGAAUUGCUGGGCGCCACGUAUAUCGACAAAAAAAGAGACUUGAUUGGCGGUUUUGACCUUUGGAAACAGGCUAUGGACCUCAGGUUUAACAUAGACGAUGAACAAGAUAUUCCAAAACCAGACAAUGCCUUACCGAUUGAAGCAUAUGAAUGGGCACAAGAAGUCAAAAACCAUGAAGAACUUAAUGAGCUAUUAUCAGAACCUGAUGAAAUGAGGAUGCAGGUGUGUUUAAUGUUUCACCACCAUAUAUUACCAAUAAAAGUGACUAGAUAACAGUUUUAAAACAUACUUAUAACACACUGACAUGAAGCUGCUUUUUUUUAUAUAUAAAUAUAUUUCUUAAAAUAAACAAUUAUAAGAAAUAGGCACUUAAGCAGAUAAAGCCAUUGUCAUUUAAGGAAUCUACCGUGUAUUUUAUGAUUUAUAGAUUCAGAAAAGAUAUUACAAAAUCGAAGAAGAUUUCUGGAAGAAAAGAUAUUCCCAAAUAAAAAUGAAAAAUAAAAAAAAAACAUUAAACCAAUUAAUACAUUCCUUGCUAUACUCCAAAUCUAAAAUAUUGCUAUUUUACUGUAAACUAUAAUAUUUAUCAACAAAACUAAAUCUAUUAUCAUAAUUGCUCUAAUAAUUUUAUAAAUAUAUAUUUAUUUAUCUAAUACUGUGUAUUUAGGUCACUAGGUACCGAGUAACAGGUUUUUUUUUUUUCUAGGCUCUACUGGUUAGGGAAAGAAUUCUGGGUCCUACACAUCCAGACACUAGUUAUUAUGUACGUUACCGAGGUGCUGUGUAUGCUGAUGCCGGAAAAUUUACCAGAUGCAUAUCUUUGUGGAACCACGCUUUGGACAUUCAAAGAGGUUCUCUUGAGUCUUGUCACCAAAUGACUGUCUCUUCAUUUUUCUCCUUUGCCGAACUCUUUUCUUUUAUGUCAGACGCAUGUGCUACCAAUGACGAUAAUGGGUAUAGACAAGUUCCAGCAUUGUUGACGUUUGAAGAUGUCAUACAGGUUCUGGUCAAGGCUAUUAACGAAUUAUGUGAACCUAAAGAAUUACCAUAUGCGAUCGACUUAUCUCCUAGAUUAUUGCUCAUUUCCUUGGAUCUCUUCAAUAUGGCUCUUAAGUAUGUUUAUUUUUUAAUUUGAUAAAUAUCUUAAAUAUUAAUUUGCAUAUAUGUUUGAUAAUUUAGAUUGAUCAGAAACGAUGAACACUCUCACCUGACUCACCGUCUACUGUACCGUUUAAAUAAAUGUAAUAUUUUAGGACAUCUUGGUCAGACUGCUCUUCAUUUAGCAAGCGCCCGCAAAACUGCUUUAGCUGUUUCCCGGCAUCCACAAACCGGAAGUUCUGAUGACUCGACUUUGUUGCUGCGAGCGUUGCUCAAAAUAGGUGCCAACCCUAAUGCUCGUGAUGAUGAGGGUAACACACCUCUACACCUUGUGGCCGCCAAAGAUUCGUUAAUCAUUCAAUUAUUGUUGGGCAGUGGCGCACAUUACGACGCUGUCAAUGCAGCCGGUCGCACAUUUUGUGACAUGCGCAAAGCUACCCCUCACAAUCCGUUAUAUCACACAUCCUUGGCAUGUCACGCAGCUCGCGUCAUUCGCAAAAACCGUAUACCGUUUGUUGGACACAUACCUGUUACGUUAUACGAGUUUGUGGAGAAACACUAGUGUAAAAUAAGCAUAUUAGAAAACGUAAAUAAUAUAUUUGUAUCGAUGGUUUGAUGUUUCUGUAAUUUAUUAUCUACACGAAAAAUAAAUAAUAACAAUAAGUAAUUAUUUUAUCUAAUAAAUUGUUUAUAAACUUAGUACAGUCUUCUACUAUUAUAAUAUGAUAUUUAACUACCCAAAACGUAUCAAUUGUCACAUUUAUAUGUGUGCAGUCGUGUGUACAACUUUUAAUAUUAUUAUAUUAUAAUUCUCUGUGUAAUAUUGCUUUCCUUAUGAUAUAUUCUAUAGUAUAAUGAUAAAUAAAAUAAAUGAGCAUUUAUCUGCAUCAAAUACUAUUAAAAAAAAAUUGUAAUAUUUUUCAGUUAAAAAUGUUUAUUAUUUUAAUAAAUUAUGUAUACAUAUAUAUAUAUAGUGAGAGUAGACGUUUUAAUGCUACUUUUAUUUUAAUAUACAUUAUUCUAGUAACUUAAAUAUUUGUUUGAAUAGAUGAAUUAAAGUAAUUCUAUUUUAUAAUAAAUAAUUUAAAAAUAUAAUCUAU